AUGACCGCAUCCGAGACCGCCCAGAAUCUGUCCUUUGUCCUGGAGGGCAUUCACAAGGUCAAGUUCGAGGACCGCCCAGUUCCCGCCUUGAAGAACCCCCACGAUGUCCUGAUCAACGUCAAAUACACCGGAAUUUGCGGCAGUGAUGUGCACUACUGGGAGCAUGGUUCCAUCGGUCAAUUCGUCGUCAAGGACCCCAUGGUGCUGGGCCACGAGUCCGCCGGGGUGAUCACCCAAGUGGGUUCGGCCGUGACGACACUGAAGGUCGGCGACCGCGUCGCCAUGGAGCCCGGUAUUUCCUGCCGACGAUGCGAGCCCUGCAAGGCUGGCAAGUACAACCUCUGCGAGAACAUGGCCUUCGCCGCGACCCCGCCCUACGACGGCACCCUGGCCAAAUACUACGUCCUCCCCGAGGACUUCUGCUACAAGCUGCCCGAGACCCUCUCCCUGCAGGAGGGUGCCCUCAUGGAGCCGCUGAGUGUGGCCGUCCACAUCGUUCGCCAGGCACGAGUCACUCCCGGACAAUCCGUGGUAGUCUUCGGUGCCGGUCCCGUCGGACUGCUGUGCUGCGCGGUGGCGACGGCUUUCGGUGCUUCGAAGGUGAUUGUGGUUGAUAUUCAGCAGUCCCGAUUGGACUUUGCCAAGGACUACGCGACCACCGGUACUUUCAUGCCCUCCAAGGUGCCCGCCACCGAGAACGCAGAGCGCCUGCGCCAGGAGAACGGUCUCGGUGCUGGUGCGGAUGUGGCCAUCGAUGCCUCGGGUGCCGAGCCCUCUGUUCACACUGGUAUCCACGUCCUCCGCAACGGCGGUACCUACGUGCAGGGCGGCAUGGGCCGCAGCGAGAUCCAGUUCCCCAUUAUGGCUGCCUGCUCCAAGGAGUUGACUCUCCGGGGUAGCUUCCGCUAUGGUAGCGGUGACUACAAGCUUGCGGUGGAGCUGGUCUCGGCCGGCAAGGUGGAUGUGAAGAAGUUGAUUACGGGCACUGUUAAGUUUGAGGAGGCUGAGAAUGCGUUCAAGGAGGUUAAGGCUGGUAAGGGUAUUAAGACGCUCAUUGCUGGUAUCGAUGUGUAA